AUGCGAUGCUUCUUGAAAGAGCAUACCGCCUACGAUGUUUUACCCGUUAGUUAUCGACUCAUUGUAUUUGAUACUCGACUUUUAGUUAAGAAAGCACUCAAUGUCCUUGUUCAGAAUGGUAUUGUCUCUGCCCCAUUGUGGUCAAGCGAAACACAAAAGUUUUCCGGCAUGUUGACAGUAGCCGACUUUAUAAAUUUGAUACAGUAUUAUUAUACCCACUCGUCCGUCGAUGAAGCACUCAAGGAAAUGGAGAAUUUUGAACUUGCUCAUUUGCGUAAUGUUGAAAAACAAGUGGGUGCACCAGCUCCACAACUCGUUUCGAUGAACCCCAUGUCAACACUUUACGACGCUUGUAAAUUACUGGCAGAAAGUCGAGCGCAUAGAGUGCCACUGCUCGACAAAGAACCAGGCACUGGUACCGAGACUAUCGUCAGUGUCAUCACUCAGUAUCGCAUAUUAAAGUUUAUCGCAUCCAAUUUUAAGCAUACCAAAGCAUUACGCCAGCCUUUAUCAGAGUUACGGAUAGGAACAUAUGAAAACAUAGCUACGGCAUCCAUGUCAACACCUGUGAUUCAAGUCAUCAAUAUGUUUGCCGAACAUAACAUCAGUGCUGUACCUAUUGUAGAUAAAAAUAACGUUGUACUGAAUGUAUAUGAAACAAUAGAUGUGAUGAGUAUUGCUAUAUCUGGGAAAUAUAAAGAGUUAGACAUGUCUGUAGGAGAUGCGAUGGAAGCAAGACCAAAGGACUACCCUGGAGUUCAUACAUGUACUCUAAAUGACACAUUACAUUCUAUAUUCCGUACGAUCAGAAAGCAGAGAGUGUAUAGAUUGAUUGUGGUAGAUCAAGAUAAUAAGUUGAUUGGUAUUGUAAGCCUAUCCAAUAUUUUGGGAUAUCUUGUUGGGUAUAAAUCUCGUUAA